GUCUUUUUGGGGCGGCUGCGGCAUCGUUGACGGAGCAUGGAUGGCAGAGGCUUGCGGCAUGAAUUGAGAGCCGUGAUUGGCUGCUUUGAGUCAGAGGAGAAGUAAGAUGCGAAAGACGGAGGGGCGAUUCGGCACAUGGGGGAGAGGAACGGAGAAGGAAUCGACGACGGCUUACGAAUUCGUAAGAAAAUGCUCUCUCUCAUGCUGGCUUGUGAAUGUGUUGGUGCCCUGAGAGGCUGGCGUUACAGUAGGAGGUAUGUCGGUACUUGUUCCAGCAGCGCAGGGUCCAAGAAAGAUUUGGGGUUUGGAGGAGGGGUUCUUUUUUUUUUUUUUUUUGUUCUAAUCUUCAGGGCGUACCACGACACAACGCCGAACUCUUUUUCUUGCGUCAACAGAUGCAUACAGACAAUUCACCAACGCCCGUCUACAUCUCGUUUCAAUAGCCCAGAUUUCGAUAUCAAGAACCUUCCGAGCCCCAGCGUCAGAGCGUGGAGCAUCUCCGCUGGGGGGCGGGUCUGACCACGCCCAGCUGGCCACUAAGGCAUUUCCAAUUUGCAUCGUUGACUAUUGUGGCAGAGGGUCCUUUGUUUUCCAGAGUCCCGAUCCUCUUUUUCUUUUCCUCGAGUACAUAAUACAUUUCCUCCGUCUUCCACCCUUCCCCCGGGCUAUAUUACCUCCCACCCUCCCCUUCCUCCAUCUUCCUUUUUCUCUUUCGCUGUUUCGGCGUAUCCUCUCCAAUCCCACAGUCAAGAUGGCCUCCUCUGCCCGUCAGUUUGCCCGCGUGGCAACCCGCACCACUACCCGAUCCUUCGCUGCUGCUCCUCGACAGGCUUUCCGCCAGCAGGGCCGCCGCUUCUACUCCUCUGAGCCGGAGAAGAAGUCCAACCCUGUUGUCUACCUCGGUCUCGCUGCCGCCACCGCUGGUCUGGGUAUCUGGUUCUUCACCUCUGGUGCCUCUGCCUCUUCCAGCAGCUUCGUUCCCACCCAAGCCCACUACCAGCAGGUCUACAACGACAUUGCCAGCCGCCUGGAGGUCGAGGACUAUGAUGACGGCAGCUAUGGCCCCGUGCUGGUGCGUCUCGCAUGGCACUGCAGCGGCACCUAUGACAAGGAGACCAAGACCGGUGGUAGCAACGGUGCCACUAUGCGAUUUGCUCCCGAAAGCGGACACGGUGCCAACGCCGGUCUGAUUGCUGCUCGUGACUUCCUCGAGCCUAUCAAGGCCAAGUACCCCUGGAUCACCUAUUCCGAUCUCUGGAUCCUUGGCGGUGUCUGCGCCGUCCAGGAGAUGCUGGGACCCAACGUCCCUUACCGACCCGGCCGUCGCGAUAACGACGCUGCUGCCUGCACUCCCGAUGGCCGUCUGCCCGACGCCAGCCAGGGCCCCAAGCACCUGCGUGACAUCUUCUACCGCAUGGGCUUCGACGACCGAGAGAUUGUCGCCCUCAGCGGUGGCCACGCCAUCGGCCGAUGCCACUCCACCCGAUCUGGCUACGAGGGUCCUUGGACCUUCUCCCCUACCGUUGUGACCAACGACUUCUACCGCCUCCUUCUUGAGGAGAAGUGGCCCCAGAAGAAGUGGGACGGCCCCAAGCAGUACGAGGACAAGACCACCAAGACCCUCAUGAUGCUUCCCACCGAUAUUGCCCUGGUCCAGGACAAGGCUUUCAAGCCUUGGGUUGAAAAGUACGCAGCCGACAACGACCUGUUCUUCAAGGACUUCUCUGGCGUUCUCGUCAAGCUGUUCGAGCUCGGUGUUCCUUUUGCUGAGGGCAGCGAGAACAACCGAUGGACCUUCAAGUCCACCAACGCUUAAGCUCCUGAAUUCAUAUAGAUGUGAAGAGGAGAUGGCGUAGGGAACUGGCAUUGUCAAUACGGAGCGUGGAAUAUAGACCUAAAAGUGGUUUUUUUUAGACAUGUAUAGACAUGUAGAGCCUACUUACGGCAUGAGAGCUGUUACAGUCAGGCAAGGGGACCAGCUGGGAAAAAGGGCAUAAGCUGGGAAAGCUUGUAAUGGCCCUGGCUUUGUUUUUACCGCAUUUUGUUCAGAUUUGCGACUUUGUUGAGCUCGAUUGGGCUUUUUUUCGUUGUUUCAUUUUAUACCUCUGCCAAUGCUCUGUACUUUAGCAAAAUAGAAGACAAGCUGUUUAUGUUCCCAAACUGCACGAUGAUUCGUAACCGAGUGACUGCUCUAUGCACAAGUGAUUUGGAGAAUGGAUGAUUGAUGGACGGAUGAUGGAAGCGGAGAAGAUGACACGGCUCGAGUUGAAAUGAGGAGGCACGGCCUGAAUUGUGCACAAAUGCUACUUUGAUGCAGUUUAAGUAUCUACCUGCUGCUCUAAUGCCUCCUCUCUAGCCGUUCUUUACAUAACAUUCGGAGUUAUAAGCCAAUUGCAAUUGGUUCAAUGGGCUCAGAUCUCCCAUGACGGGUCUAUGUUCCCCGCACUUUCGGGUCUCAAGAGGCUGGGAGGUUUUG